UUUGUCAGCAGCUUGCGUUUCGGACUGAUUUCGUUAAACAAAGAUGGCGGCGUGUGUGUUACGCAGCUGGGGGAUACUGUCUACUGUUAAUAAGUUUAGUAACAAACACAUUCUGCGGGUACUCGGUGUGGAACUCAACAGCAGACACGAAGUGAACAGACGCCGCUUGCAGUGUUCCACAUGUGGUCUCCUGAAUGUACAACAAAAACGGUUCAUGUCGUCCCGUAACAGGGCAGAAGGGAAGGUGCUAGAGACUGUGGGAGUGUUUGAAGCACCAAAGCAGAACGGCAAAUAUGAAACAGGACAGUUGUUCCUGCACAGUGUGUUUGGGUACAGAGGCAUCGUCCUGUUCCCCUGGCACGCUCGACUUUACGACCGUGACGUCGCCCCUCCAGUAUCUGACAGUAAGCCAGAGACUCCAGGAGCCCAUGGGUCAAAGGAGGUGAAGGGAAAAACACACACAUACUAUCAAGUCCUCAUUGACACCAGAGACUGUCCACACAUAUCACAGAGAUCACAGACAGAAGCCGUCACGUUUCUAGCCAAUCAUGACGACAGCAGGGCUCUGUAUGCUAUUCCAGGUCUAGACUAUGUGAGCCAUGAGGAUAUUCUGCCAUAUAAUUCUACAGAUCAGGUGCCCAUUCAGCACGAGCUGUUUGAGAGGUUCCUCAUGUUCAACCCGUCUAAAGUGCCUCCAUUUGUAGCGAGAGACACACUGUGUGCAUGGCAGGAAAAGAACCAUCCGUGGCUGGAGUUGUCCGAUGUCCACAGAGAGACUACGGAGAAUAUCCGAGUGACCGUCAUCCCGUUCUACAUGGGCAUGAGGGAAGCACAGAAUUCACAUGUUUACUGGUGGCGUUACUGCAUCCGUCUAGAGAACAUGGGCAGCGAGGUGGUGCAGCUGAGAGAACGACACUGGAGGAUCUUCAGCCUGUCAGGAACGCUGGAGACAGUCAGAGGCCGAGGAGUGGUGGGCCGGGAGCCUGUAUUGUCCAAAGAGCAGCCAGCGUUCCAGUACAGCAGUCACGUCUCACUACAGGCCCCCAGCGGACACAUGUGGGGGAUGUUCACCUUCCAGAGGCCCAGUGGCAGCAUGUUCGACGUGCCUAUCCCUUCCUUCUCUCUGGCCAGCCACGGGCACAAGGACAGCCCUUACUCCUUCCUCUUCUGACCCAGACUAGUCUGCGAUACACACACCACCACAUUCUCUGUCCUGUUGUAGUUCCUGUAAUCCUGCCUGAGUGUGCACCAUUUUAUGUAUCUUGUAGUUAUCCUUCACUACAGGCCUCACUGCCUAUGCCCUCUCUGUUUUGUUUUUUUGCUUUAAAUACUGCAUUUUUUUUUUUUUUUUUUUUUUUUGGUGUGGGGUUUUUUUUUUUUUUUGUAUUUUUUUAAAUUCUCUAAUUCGACCUCUAAGACCCUUGUCAGGCGUGUAAUCCUGCUCCCUGGCAAAUACACAGGCAGUUGCUGAAUAUUUUGUUUAAAAAAAAAAAGACAGAGAAUGUGAAUAUUACUGUUGGAUAUUCAUGAUUUUUAAGGUUUAAGGUCAUAAUGUUUUGACGUUUACAAUUUUAUCCUCAUGUUCUGUCACAGGUAGCACAUUUUGAUCAUCUGUUACAGUAUGUUCUUCAUUUUUUAAUAGUUCCCAGUAAAAUUUGCCUAGCAUCGGGGUGGACAAAUCAGUAGCCCAGGCGCCUGGAACGUGCAGGUUUCAUGUCCGUGCAAUUAGUUUUUUUAUUUAUUGCCUGGCAGAAGUAGAUUCAAACAAGAAGAAAAAAAAAAAUCCCCUCCUUAUCGACAGAAAUUUUCAUUUGGGAUGUAGCUACGUUAAAGAUGUCCCACCGCCUGCUGCAACACACACAUCGGCCGAGAUUGACAGCGGAACGGUGUUUAUAAGUGCGAUUAAUUAGAGUGCACGCGUUACAGAAUGAGGAACAUGCGCGUAUGUGGAACCGCUGCUUAAACCGAGCCAAAUAAAGUGCAGCACAAAGCAUCAUAUAACUCUCCCGCUAGCGCAACAUGCAAUCAUGUCGCCAUUAAACAUCAGGAGAAAAUAAAGUCGCAUUCAAAUGUGUUUUACGUGCGAUGUAAAGUAAGAACACCACCUCUCAUAGAUGCUUUGUUAGAUGAGGAUAAUAAUCAUAAACUUGUUCGUUUCUCUUAAUGUGUAUUUAAUGCAAUUGAUUAGCAAAUUAUAUAACCACGUUGUUAUAUUAUGUUAGCUACCACUUUAGCCGAGUCAUAUGUUUCCAGUGACUGAACGGCACGUGUACUUUAAGUUGCCCAGUGGGCUAGCUGAUAAAUUUAUGAUUUGUCCACCCUUGUCGUAUACCCACACAAUGUAGUUUGCAUUGAGCUACAUCUGACUUCUUAAUGCAAUACAAGCUAUUUGGGUCUUCUGCUUUGUCCAGUGAGAUCCAUUUUGGAGGAAUGUCAGUAUUCCUGAUGUACAAUUGUUCUGGAGGAUUGAUGAUCAGAAAUGGACAGAGUCCUAUAGUCUUCGUGAAAACUGUCAGUGUUUUAAGACAAAUAUUUUGUUUUGUUUUUUUUGCAUUAUACACUGAUCAGCCAUAACAUUAAAACCACAGGUGAAGUGAAUAACAUUGAUUAUCUCGUUACAAUGGCACCUGCCAAGAAGUGGGAUAUAUUAGGCAGCAAGUGAACAGUCUGUUCUCGAAGUUGAUGUGUUGGAAGCAGGAAAAAUGUGCGCGCGUAAAGAUCUUAGCAACUUUGACAACGACUAAAUUGUGAUGGCUAGAUGACUGCAUCGAAGCAUCUCCAAAACGUCAAGUCUUGUGGGGUGAAUAUGCAGUGGUUAAUACCUAGCAAAAGUGGUCCAAGGAAGGACAACCAGUGAAGCGGCAACAGGGUCAUGCUGGCUAUGAUAUCGGUGCCAUCGUGCAUCUGUGGGAUGUGCUGGACAAUCCUCGGGCAAUCCGAUCCAUGGAGACUCCACUUUGCAAUUUACAGGAGUUUUAAAGGAUCUGCUGGUAACGUCUUGGUGCCAGAUACCACAGUACAUCUUCAGAGGUCUUGUGGAGUCCAUGCCUCGACGGGUCAGAGCUUUUUUUGGUGGCACAUUGGGGACCUAGACAAUAUUAGGCAGGUGGUUUUAAUGUUCUGGCUGAUCUGUGUAGUAUUGUGCGUUUACUGAAUGCGAGUUGAUUAUGGAACAAUAUAAACAGGAUGUGUUGAUCUAAGAUCAGUUCUUGCUGAUUCACAUCUAACGCAUUCAGUAUAUUGUAGGGACUUUUUGAUCACUUUAGGUUUGUCUCUUCCAUUGUUCUGUGCUAAACACUGUUGAGGGGGGACUGAAUUUACAGCCGAUCCUUUCGAGUUUGUUGCUUUACAGCAUUUUAACUAAUUUGCAUGAAAUGUAGAAAAUCUCAAUUCAAAGGUCACCUUUUGCUGGCCGGUGUGAAUGCAGGGCUACUCUGAGACUAUUUCAGUCUUGAUUAGAUUUUAAUCAAGCAAUAUCACACAAGCUAGAGUGUGGUAAAAACGGAAAAAUCACACAGCUGUGAUUCGGCCGUAGCUAAUAACAGCCGUCUUGAUAUUCGGUAUAACCGCAUAAUUGUAACUGCGAUAUUGCUUUUGUUUAUUAGUUAUAUAAACAAGAAACAGCAAUAAUAAUAAUAAUAAUAAUAAUAAGUCAGUAAGUAAGUAAGUCAGUAAGUGGCAUUUCACAAAACAUGGCCAAAUGUUUUGUUUAUUUCUGCGCUGCUAGAAGAAAUGUAUCCAAAAGAAGCUAGACUCACUUUAUAGCCAGUCAGCUAACUGGCUUAGCUCACACUGAUUUGUACAUUCCCGUUAAUUGUGUUUUCAGUGAAAUUCUACUUCAUCUGAUGAGAUUUCAUAACCUUUCAUAAGAUAAAACUUAUAAUCAUGAAAAAUGUAUAAUUUACCAUGUCGACUGAUGACGUUGCUAACUUUACUGUAGUAAAUGCUUGAACUGUCGUUAGAACUGAUUUUAUCUAGCGAAUGCAGAAGAGCGGAGUGAUGCACACAGUGAAAAGCCCCAGUGCAGUUAUAUCAAAUAUAAGCGCUAUUGGAACGCCGCUUGUCCAAUCAAAUUAGUGCAGUGGAAUUGGAUAACUUUUUAUACAUUCUAUACCGUGGCACUCUCGAUUCUGAUUGGUCAGGUGUUGAUUUCAUUUGAUGUAACAGCAGCUCUGACGGUAAUGCUGGUCACAAAGCACAGGUUUAUAUUAACACUCUCCUCUAUUACCUCAUUGUUUCUAUAGUAACUGCUUAAUGAAUUUUGUUGACUGUUUACUAGAUGAUGUCAUUUGGACAUAAUCAGCAUGUUAACACGAUUCAUACCGAAGACACUGUUUUUAUUUUGAAACUAAUAAAGUGUGUUUUUUUUUCAAUUUCAA